GCGAGCGCGCGCCCGCAGGCCACCGCCGCGGCCUGCCUCGGCGCCUGCGCCGCCCGCCAUGGCUGCCGCGCGCCGAGGGCCGCCCCCGCCACGGCAGCAGCAGCGGCGCAGGGCAGGACGGCCACCACGGUGGCAGCCAGGGCAGCCGCCAAGGCGUCGGGUGGUGCCGGCCCACUCGUGGCUUUCAUCCUCGGCGGGCCAGGCAGCGGCAAGGGCACGCAGUGCGAGCGAGUCGUGCGGGAGCUCGGCUACACGCACCUCAGCGCCGGCGACCUCCUGCGCGCGGAGCGCCAGCGCGAGGGCUCCGAGCUCGGGGGCAUGAUCGAGAGCACCAUCCGCUCCGGCGGCGUCGUGCCUGGAGCGGUCAUCGCGGCCCUCCUGGAGCAGGCGAUGCGGGAGGC